GGUCUAUCCCGCUUUUUAAAACACUAAAGAGAAACCGUUCUGGUUCCCCGACGUUUCCUCAUAUUCUCUGUGGCGUGUUGUUCGCGAGAGCACUGAAUUAGCUGGAGCCUGAUCUGCGUCGACGAGCCCUCUCCCCUUGGAGAAUUGAAAAAUAAAGUUUCCAGCUUUAAACCAUUCUUGUGCCAUCAUCCACUGAGUAACUGCACAACCUUUGUGCAGCAAUGUCCCAGAAGAACCCCUCUGACGGUGCUCAUAAAGGCUUUGCUGUGGGACGGGGGCUCCUGGCUGCUGCCGAGACCCUUAAUUUCAGCAUGAAUGAUCCUCGCCCCCUCUAUGGCACCCCUUCCCAGCCCUCUUACGGCAUGUCCUCAGCUCUGGGCAGUGGGGACGGCAAGAACUCCCAGAUGCCCCCUCAUGGUGGCGGCCAUGUUUCCAACACUAUGAAAAUCUUUGACAGCCUGGGACUCUCUCCCACUGACAUAGAUGCACUGGCACAAAUGCCUGAAGAAAAUAUCAGUAUAGACACCUUGCCGCAACUUAUCAUGCAGCUGAAGAACCGCAAGUUGGAGGCGAGCCGGCGCAUGGGCGGCAGCUCCAGGGACCUGCCCCCAAUCUCUCCAGAGCACUCAUACAGAGCAUCUCGUGACAACUGGGAGGAUAUCCCGGCUGGCCGCAUGGGCACUUCUGGUGGGCAAGUCUCAGCCCGUGGCCCCCAAAUGGAUUAUGGCUAUGGUUCCAUGCAGGGGGGCCCCUCUCGGGGCUACAAACGUAUAGACUAUGGUGAGAACAGCAGUGGCGGGAUGAGCAGAGACCGCCAAUAUUCAGAGCUUUCCCGUGAUCGCUACGGUGGCCUUGGGAUGGGUCCCUCCCCAGCAUCUGACAGUGGCUUUCUGCAGAAAAGAAUGGGCUCUCCCUCCCAAGGCAAAGUGCAGGACUUCUUGGGAGUCAUGCCCGACAUGUUCCCACACGUGUGCUCUCUUUGUGAUUUUGAUGUCCAUUCAAUGAUGGAGUGGAACCAGCACAUUAAUGGAUUGCGCCAUGCAGAAAAUCGCAGACAGCUCUUGCAGAUGUAUCCAGAUUGGGAUCCUCACAUGGAAUCAAAUAGAGGGUCAGGGCUGCAUGCAAUGGAUAGCACUAACCGAUCUGAUGGAAUCCUGGGCCCUGCACCCAUGGGGCUACAAAGAGGAGGGAUGAACUCCAACUGGGGUUCCGGAAUGUCAAACCAAAAACAGCCGCUUUUAACAACACCGAAGAUGAGAACUAGAGUUGUGGUGGCAGAAAAUGAAGGGAAACCUAUAAUAUUGAACAAAUUACUGUCACUGGCCCAGCCAUUUGGAACCGUCUGUCAGCAUCUGGUGCGCAUCAACAAGGCAUACUUGGAAAUGCAAAGUCAUGAAGAGGCAACUGCAAUGGUGAAUUGCUACCAGCAGAAGCCGCCAGUGAUGCACGGAAAACCAGUCUGUAUCUCUUUAUCAUGGGAACGUUUCCCUUUUGAGAAAGGCAACACAGAUGGUGGCACACAGAGUCGGGUGGUUUUCUUCUCCAACCUGCCAAGAGAGCGAGAGAAGAAAUGGGAGCUGCUGACUGUAGCUCGACGUUUUGGAACUGUGGAGAAAUACCUGUUUUUAAAUGAACAAGCUUUCGUGCAGCUUGGAACUCCAGAGGAUGCUGAGAUGAUGGUGAAGUAUUACACUCUGCAUCCUCUCACUAUCAAGGGCAGAAGCAUUCGGCUAAACAUCUGUGAAAAGUAUAAGACUUUAAUAGUGAAUCCCAUCAGACACGGUUCAGAGAGAGAGGACACAAACAGAAAGAGUAGCAGCACUGGCAGGAAAGGAUCUCCAAAAAAACAGAGGUCUGACUCCACCAGUGAGAGGAGCUCCAAAAGCAAGACAGAGAGUGCUAAGAAACAGGAGGAGCAGGAGCACAGCGCUGGGCUCGGGGAAGGCCCCGGAGAAGAGAUAUCUGGUGUGAUUGAAGCUGAUGAAGGGGGCGGUGAAGAAGCUGCUGAAAUACAAGAAGCAGAACAGGCCGAGAUCCCAGAUGAGCCCAUUAUGGAACAAGAAGAGUCGUCAGCCCAACAAGAGGAGCCAGUUCCUGAUCUAGAUGAGACUCGACACACUGUGGAAGAGACCUGUGAAGUUCCACCGACAGCGGGGUCUAAGGAUGCCAUAGCAGAGGAGCCCCUAUCAGAGGCUAAGGCUGCACAGACUGAAGCUGAAAUUCUUCCAGAUGAGGGGAGAACAACAGAGCCAACUGAAAGCACAGAGAUGCCAGAGGAGGACGAGGAAAUGCCAACGGAGCAGGAUUUCCCAGAGAACAUGGACGAUUUUGUGACUUUGGAUGAGGUAGCAGAAGAAGAAGAUGCCGAUGGACUGGAUCCUCACUCAAAAUCGGGGGAUGAGAACUCAGAGAGCUCAGGCAGAAAUGAGGGACUAAAGGUUGUCAGAGUUGUGGGACUUAAGCGAGGCUACAACUUCCUUGAUGAAAUUCUGGUUCUUGCCAAGCCUUUUGGAAAAGUAAUUCGAUAUCUGGUUCUUGACACAAGACCUGAGGCAUUUUUGGAAUUAUCGUCUGAAGAGGAGGCAAGAGCUAUGGUGGCCUUCUACAGUUCCAAUGUUACCCCAACAGUGUGUGGAAGACCUGUGAAAGUAUACCACUCACAGACUCAUUCGUCAAUCCAUAGUGGACGCGUUAUCUAUGUUGGCCACAUUCCUUUGGUAAAAACCUCAGAUGCCUCCCUCCUCAAGAUUGCUGAACCUUUUGGAAAAGUGAGGCGUUAUUUCCUCAAUAGACCUCGCUGUGAGUGCUUCAUUGAAAUGGAAAAAGGGCAAGAUGCUGAGAGAAUGGCUAAUGCCUACAAGGAGAAUCCACCAAAGUUUCAUGGCCAGCGACUGACUGUAUAUGUGAGCCGAAAAUAUAAACAAUUGAGGAAUGGGCUCAGACCACCCCCUCCAGAGCGUGAGAAGGAGAGGCCAACCAAGAGGGAGCACAGUGGUUCUGGUGAAGACUCUCCAGCCAAAAACAAGUCCAAGAAGGAGGAAGAGCCCCCAGUAAAGAAGAUCUGCCUCAGGGAAGAGAAGACUGCUCCCGCAGAGUCCAGCAGCAGCAUCAAUGAGGAGGAGAAGGCUGGCACAGAGGAACCCAGCAGCAAUGGGGAGCAGCAGCAGGAAGAAGAAAAGGGUGCCUCUGAGACACCUUGUGAACAAGAAGAGUUGGCGUCAGAGACGAUAAAUGAAGAUGUGAAUAUUAGCCUGCUCUCUGACAGCGUGGACACUCAGGAGAAGGACGCAGAAGGGGAUUGCGGAAGCAAAGCGGCAGGAGCGCCCUCCUGCAGUGGAGCGAGUGAGAAGAGCUGUGAGAGUGAGGAGACACCCAGCACCAAGCCACGGGCAGAGAAGAAACCACUUCCUCUGGGACCGUACGAACCCAACAACCCUGUGGGUGUGGAGUAUGUGAAAAUGGGUUACUACUGCAGAGUAUGCUUCCUGUUCUACUCUAAUGAAGAAACUGCAAAAAAGGUUCACUGCAGCAGCCAGUCUCACUAUCAAAAAUUAAAGAAACACUUGGAAAAAGAGAUGGGGAAAGAAAAAGAGAAACCAAAAGCUCACUCAGCAAUGUCCCAGAAGAACCCCUCUGACGGUGCUCAUAAAGGCUUUGCUGUGGGACGGGGGCUCCUGGCUGCUGCCGAGACCCUGCAUUUCAGCAUGAAUGAUCCUCGCCCCCUCUAUGGCACCCCUUCCCAGCCCUCUUACGGCAGGAACUCCCAGAUGCCCCCUCAUGGUGGCGGCCAUGUUUCCAACACUAUGAAACUCUUUGGCAGCCUGGGACUCUCUCCCACUGACAUAAAUGCACUGGCACAAAUGCCUGAAGAAAAUAUCAGUAUAGACACCUUGCCGCAACUUAUCAUGCAGCUGAAGAACCGCAAGUUGGAGGCGAGCCGGCGCAUGGGCGGCAGCUCCAGGUACCUGCCCCCAAUCUCUCCAGAGCACUCAUACAGAGCAUCUCGUGACAACUGGGAGGAUAUCCCGGCUUCUAGUGGGCAGGUCUCAGCCCGUGGCCCCCAUAUGGACUAUGGCUAUGGUUCCAUGCAGGGGGGCCCCUCUCGGGCCUACAAACGUAUAGACUAUGGUGAGAACAGCAGUGGUGGGAUGAGCAGAGACCGCCAAUAUUCAGAGCUUUCCUGUGAUAGUUAUGGUGGCCUUGGGAUGGGUCCCUCCCCAGCAUCUGACAGUGGCUUUCUGCAGAAAAGAAUGGGCUCUCCCUCCCAAGGCAAAGUGCAGGACUUCUUGGGAGUCAUGCCAGACAUGUUCCCACAUGUGUGCUCUCUUUGUGAUUUUGAUGUCCAUUCAAUGAUGGAGUGGAACCAGCACAUUAAUGGAUUGCGCCAUGCGGAAAAAUGCAGGCAGCUCUUGCAGAUGUAUCCAGAUUGGGAUCCUCGCUUGGGAUCAAACAGAGGGUCAGGGCCACUUGCACUGGAUAGCGCUAACCGAUCCGAUGGAAUCCUGGGCCCUGCACCUAUGGGGCUACAAAGAGGAGGGAUGAACUCCAACUGGGGUUCCGGAAUGUCAAACCAAAAACAGCCACUUUUAACAAUUUCGAAGAUCAGAACUGGAGUUGUGGUGGCAGAAAAUAAAGGGAAACCUAUAAUAUUGAAGAAAUUACUGUCACUGGCCCAGCCGUUUGGAAUUGUCUGUCAGCAUCUGGUGCGCAUCAACAAGGCAUACUUGGAAAUGCAAAGUCAUGAAGAGGCAACUGCAAUGGUGAAUUGCUACCAGCAGAAGCCGCCAGUGAUGCACGGAAAACCAGUCUCUUUUUCUUUAUCAUGGGCACAAUUCCCCUUUGAGAAAGGCAACACAGAUGGUGGCACACAGAGUCAGGUGGUUUUCUUCUCCAACCUGCCAAGAGAGCGAGAGAAGAAAUCAGAGCUGCUGACUGUAGCUCGGCGUUUUGGAACUGUGGAGAAAUACCUGUUUUUAAAAGAACAAGCUUUUGUUCAGCUUGGAACUCCAGAGGAUGCUGAGAUGAUGGUGAAGUAUUACACUCUGCAUCCUCUCACUAUCAAGGGCAGAAUCAUCCGGCUAAACAUCUGUGAAAAGUAUAAGACUUUAAUAGUGAGUCCCACCAGACACGGUUCAGAGAGUGAGGACACAAACAGAAAGAGUAGCGGCACUGGCAGGAAAGGAUCUCCAAAAAAACAGAGAACCGACUCCACCAGCAAGAGGAGCAAGACAGAGAGUGCUAAGAAACAGGAGGAGCAGGAGCACAGCGCUGGGCUCGGGGAAGGCCCCGGAGAAGAGAUAUCUGGUGUGAUUGAAGCUGAUGAAGGGGGCUGUGAAGAAGCUGCUGAAACACAAGAAGCAGAACAGGCCGAGAUCCCAGAUGAGCCCAUUAUGGAACAAGAAGAGUCGUCAACCCAACAAGAGGAGCCAUUUCCUGAUCUAGAUGAGACCCGACACACUGUGGAAGAGACCUGUGAAGUUCCACUGACAGCGGGGUCUAAGGAUGCCAUAGCAGAGGAGCCCCUAUCAGAGGCUAAGGCUGCACAGGCUGAAGCUGAAAUUCAUCCAGAUGAGGGGAGAACAACAGAGCUAACUGAAAGCACAGAGAUGCCAGAGGAGGACCUGGAAAUGCCGACAGAGCAGGAUUUCCCAGAGAACAUGGACAAUUUUGUGACUUUGGAUGAGGUAGCAGAAGAAGGACUGGAUCCUCACUCAAAAUCGGGGGAUGAGAACUCAGAGAGCUCAGGCAGAAAUGAGGAACUGAAGGUUGUCAAAGUUGUGGGACUUAAGCAAGGCUACAACUUCCUUGAUGAAAUCCUGGUCCUUGCCAAACCUUUUGGAAGAGUGGUUAGAUAUCUGGUUCUUGACACAAGACCUGAGGCAUUUUUGGAAUUUUCUUCUGAAGUGGAGGCAAGAGCUAUGGUGGCCUUCUACAGUUCCAGUGUUACCCCAACAGUGUGUGGGAGUCCUGUGAAAGUAUACCACUCACAGACUCAUUCAUCAAUCCAUGUAUGUUCAGAAGUCCUAACACUAAUAAUUACCCAUUUGAUGAAUGCUAUUUUUUCCUAUUCCAGUUUGCAAAGUUUUUUUAUUUGCUGCAAUUGUUAUUUUCAGAGCGGACGGGUUAUCUAUGUUGGCCACAUUCCUUUGGUGAAAACCUCAGAUACCUCCCUCCUGAAGAUUGCUGAACCUUUUGGAAAAGUGAAACGUUAUUUUUUCAAUCGACCUCGCUGUGAGUGCUUCAUUGAAAUGGAAAGAGGGCAAGAUGCUGAGAGAAUGGCUAAUGCCUACAAGGAGAAUCCACCAAAGUUCCAUGGCCAGCGACUGACUGUAUAUGUGAACCGAAAAUAUAAACAACUGAAGAAUGGGCUCAGACCACCCCCUCCAGAGCCUGAGGAGGAGAGGCCAAACAAGAGGGAGCGCAGUGGUGCUGGUGAAGACUCUCCAGCCAAAAACAAGUCCAAGAAGGAGGAAGAGCCCCCAGUAAAGAAGAUCUGCCUCAGGGAAGAGAAGACUGCUCCCGCAGAGUCCAGCAGCAGCAUCAAUGAGGAGGAGAAGGCUGGCACAGAGGAACCCAGCAGCAAUGGGGGGCAGCAGCAAGAAGAAAAGGGUGCUUCUGAGACGCAAGAAGAGUUAGCAGCAAAGACGGAAAAUGAAGACAUGAAUAUUAACCUGCCCUCCAACUACGUGAACACCCAGGAGCAGGACAGAGAAGGGGACUGCGGAAGCAAACCAGCAGGAGCGCCCUCCUGCAGUGGAGCGAGUGAGAAGAGCUGUGAGAGUGAGGAGACACCCAGCACCAAGCCACGGGCAGAGAAGAAACCACUUCCUCUGGGGCCGUACGAACCCAACAACCCUGUGGGUGUGGAGUAUGUGAAAAUGGGUUACUACUGCAGAGUAUGCUUCCUGUUCUACUCUAAUGAAGAAACUGCGAAAAAGGUUCACUGCAGCAGCCAGUCUCACUAUCAAAAAUUUAAGGAACACUUGGAAAAAUAGAAGGGGAAAGAAAAAGAAACCAGAAGCUCAGUGGAAAAUGGGAAACCAAGCAUUUUUAUUUAAGGAGCAUUUUCAUUAAAUACAAGAUUUUGUUAACAGUGAAUCAUGACAUGUUCUCUUUGUUUUAACACUGUGUUCUUCCCAGCUCUACAUGAAACUCUUAAUGCUGUUGCAUUUAGUUUUCAGUAGUCAUUCCAAUUCAUGUAGGUAAUCGUAGAUAAAUUUCAAGUGUGGUCUUUUAGACAAAUCAUAUAGAUGCUUAGACUAUAAGUACCAUUUUGAAAGGCUUGAUUUCUUUUACCAUUGUUUCUCUUCUUUUUAAGUAGGUUCAAGCCCUUACUGCUACCUUCUACUACAUUUGACCACAUAAAGGAACAUUCUUUUGCUUGUUUUUCUUAAAGGUUUUGGUGCAUGACUGCAUUAUUCACACAGUGCUAGAGUUUUCUGACCAGUGUCUUUUGGUGGGGAAAGGUAUUAAAUACUAGCUCUGACACCAUUUGCAA